UCCCGUCCUCUUCUGCAACCCUACUCGACGGACAUCGGAAAUUGGGGCGCUCGGAGAUGCACAAGUUCAGAGGCCUCGCGUCGGGCCGGCGGUCCCUCCCCGAUAUUCGCUGCGCCCUGUCAUCCUUCUCGACGACGACGCGCCCGUUGUCCGCCCAUGAUGACCAACCCCAGAACGAGGUGCUCGUAGAGGGCAAGGCGAGCGCCCGCGCCGCGAUUCUUAACCGGCCCUCUGCUCUUAAUGCUCUCACGACCAAUAUGGCAGUUCGGUUGAAGAAGUUUUAUGAAACUUGGGAGGAUAAUCCUGAUAUUGGGUUUGUCAUGAUGAAGGGCAGUGGCAGAGCAUUUUGUGCUGGUGGGGAUGUUGUUGCCCUUCAUCGGUUGCUUAAUGAAGGGAAAAUGGAAGAUUGCAAGGACUUCUUCAGGAACUUAUACACAUUCAUCUAUGUUUUAGGCACAUAUUUGAAGCCACAUGUGGCAAUUUUGGAUGGUGUUACCAUGGGGGGCGGAGCAGGAGUCUCAGUUCCAGGGACAUUUCGUAUUGCAACUGAUAAGACUAUCUUUGCAACACCAGAAGUUCAUAUAGGUUUCCAUCCUGAUGCUGGUGCUUCCUUCUAUUUAUCACGUCUAACUGGUUAUAUAGGGGAAUACUUGGCCCUAACUGGCGAGAGGCUCAAUGGUGUAGAUAUGCUUGCAGUUGGCCUUGCUACACAUUUUUCACUGAGAGCAAGGCUUGAUUGGAUUGAUGAACGACUUGCUAAGUUGAUCACAGAUGAUCCUUCAGUCAUUGAUUCUACACUAGCACAAUAUGGCGAUCUUGUCUAUCCAGAUAAGACUAGCAUCGUCCACAGGCUGGAGGUGAUAGAUAAAUGCUUUGGCCAUGAAACAGUUGAGGAAAUUUUGGAUGCUUUGGAAGUUGAGGUAGCUAGAUCAAAUCAAGAUUGGUGUGCUUCUGCUUUGAAAAAAUUAAAAGAAGCUUCUCCAUUGAGUUUAAAGGUUUCCCUGCGAUCUAUACGCGAAGGUAGAUUUCAGACUCUCGAUGAAUGCCUUGUUCGAGAGUAUCGAAUGUCACUUCACGGGAUCUCAAAGCCGGUUUCUCAUGACUUCUGCGAGGGUGUUCGAGCACGGCUAGUUGAGAAGGAUUUGGCUCCUAAGUGGGAUCCUCCAACAUUAGAGAAAGUAUCCAAAGACAUGGUUGAUUAUUACUUCUCACCGCUUGGUGAAUUCGAGCCCGAACUAAAGCUACCCACACACCUGCGUGAAGCUUUUAUUUGAUUCAGGAUCGUCUUAAGCCUGCAGGAUGCCGGUCAGCAGCUCAUAGCAUAUGUAAUCUCAUGUUAAAUGUGGGUGAAAAAUUGUUGUAUCAUCUCCAUAGUGGGUGGCAUCACAUUCUAAAACUGCAGUCUUGCCUUCUUUUUUCGUAUGAGUUUAACUUUACGACUAGGCAUUUGAGAACAGGAAUGUGGGUUGAGAGAUGGAAAUAUCUGAUCAAAACUUGGUUGGUAUUCUUCCAAAGUAUUAACAGAUAUAAAUUUGAGGGAGUGAAAUCAACCAAAGGCAGAUUUAGUGUACUCAGGUUGUGAUAUGAAAACCAGUGCUAAACUAUGUUUUGCCUCAAUAA